AUGGACUUCCUCAUCAACAGUCCUGCCGGUGCAUUAUUAGACCGUGCGGACCGGCUUCACGUAUACUGCGCUGCCACUGCCUUUUUGGUAUGCGCAUUGGUUGUUACUGUCUUCCUGUUGUCGGCCAGGAAGCAGAAACUCGACCACAACAGCGGGAUCUUUACAUACCUCAAGUUUGCCUACGCGACGUUUCUCAAACCACAUGACAAAGGUGGAGAAAGCCAACAGGAUGCAUUGGAGAGCUUCUACAAGACUCAGGCUGGCGUAUACGAUGCAACCCGCAAGCGUCUGCUAUGUGGUCGAGAGGAUAUGCUUGGUCUCACUGCCGCUCAAUUGAAAUACAAGGUGGAUAGCAAGGAGCUGCGAGCUGGAGAGGCCGUCUGGGUUGAUAUUGGCGGAGGCACUGGAUACAAUAUCGAAGCCAUGUCGGCAUUCUUGCCUGUCCCACAAUUUUUCUCCCACGUCUAUCUCGUCGAUCUUUCGCCCUCCCUUUGUGAAGUCGCCCGUGAACGGUUCCAGCGAUUGGGCUGGAAAAAUGUUACUGUUGUCUGUCAGAAUGCGGGAUCUUUCCGCUUACCAGACGAAGACAGUGUUGACCCCCGUGCAUCACUAUCGGUUGGUGCAGACUUGAUUACUAUGAGCUAUAGCUUGUCGAUGAUACCAGAUUAUUACAACGUGGUCGAUUCGUUGACAGAUUUAAUGAAGCCGUCAGGCCUUCUGGGUGUCUGCGAUUUUUACGUGCAAAGCAUUGUCGAUGUGUCCUCUCGCAACUAUAUCGGCGGUGCCUUCAACCGCCACGUCAACUGGCUUGGUCGAGUUUUCUGGCGCGCAUGGUUCGACGUUGAUCGUGUGAGCCUCGAGGCCGCUCGAAGGGACUACCUGGAGUACCGCUUUGGCACGGUCAUCUCCGCCAGUGAGAGAAACUACCUCCUGGGAGGUAUUCCAUACUACAUCUUCGUUGGAUGCCAGAAAGACAUUCGAUCGUGCAACUCUGGACAUGACUCUAUUGAAAAACUGGACGCUUCUUUCACAGAAUCGCCUUAUCUCUCUCCUGCUGACCAUCGCAAGGGGGUGGAAAAAGCGGAAGAGAAGAGUGCGUGCGAGAUUCGCUCUAAGGCUUACGAAUCAGCUGUCAUAAACCUGGGGUCAAAUCUACCACUCCCCUCUGCCUUCUACCAGAACCACCACUACCGGAUCUUCUACAAUGACCUACUUCCAAAGCAUACCCAGUUUGGAAAUGAGUACAUCUACGCAUUUACCUGGGAAGACCCCCGAGUUGACCACAGACUGCUGAACAUCCAACGUGACGACGUCAUCUUGGCCAUCACCAGCGCAGGAGACAACAUCCUGGACUAUCUCCAGAAGAGCCCUCGCCGAGUGCACGCAGUCGACCUUAACCCAAAUCAAAAUCACCUGCUCGAGCUGAAGGUUGCCAGCUUCGAGGCCUUGGGCUACCGAGACACAUGGAAGAUCUUCGGCGAGGGCAAACACCCCGAAUUCCGGCAGCUUCUGAUUUCCAAACUCAGCCCUCACCUGUCCAGCCAAUCCUUCCAAUACUGGCUGGAGCACACACACGUCUUCACAUCCAAGUCCGGCAAGGGACUCUACGAGACCGGAGGCUCACGCCACGCCAUCAAGAUGGUCCGCCACCUCUUCACGAUCUUCGGUCUACAAAGUCAGGUGCAGAAGCUCUGCGAGGCACAGACCAUUGCUGAGCAGCGUCAAAUCUGGCCCCGCAUCCGCUCAGUGCUUAUGAGCAAACCACUCCACUGGGCCGUGGUUGGAACCGAGUGGUUUGCAUGGAAGGCUGCGGGCGUUCCCCGUAACCAGCGGAACAUGAUCCUCGACGACUACUACAAACGGAAUGGGCUGUCGGGGGAUGAGAAGCAAGCAAAGGAUGUCAGCGGCCAGUCUAUCUGGGAGUAUGUCGUCAACACGCUGGACCCAGUUGUCAAUGAUACCCUCAUCAGCAACGACAACUAUUUCUAUUUCCUGUGCCUGCAGGGCCAGUUCUCACCAAAAUGCCACCCCACCUACCUAUCCCCAAGAGCCCACGUAAAACUCUCCUCCCCAGGCGCUUUCGACAGCCUCCGCAUCCACACCGACGAAAUCAACGAAGUGAUCAAGCGACUCACCCCCAAGAGUCUCACCAUCGCCGUG